CUAUUACAUAUUUUGCAGUUUUACUAUUCAUUAUUAACGUCAUUUUUGUCAUUUUUUAUGACAAAAACAAGCAUAAAUGGCGUUCUUAAUCGUGGAAGAAUGUUCAUUUUUUCUUCGCAGAAUUUUCGUAAUUUUCUUCAAAUUCCUCAUAAUUGGAUCGCCGCUGAUAAAUUUAUGAUGGCUUGGAGAUUACAGCAGAAGGGUUUCCUCGUACUUCCAGUAGACGAUUGGAAGACAAGAGGACCUUUCAAUCUUGUUUCUGCCCUCAACCUUCUUGAUAGGCAUUAUGAUCCACUUCAACUAUUAUCUGAUCUUCAUGAAAUCACAUCGAAAUCAGAUGCACUACUUCUUUUAGCUGUUGUACUGCCUGUUCGUCAAUAUGUUGAAUUUCAUCCGAAAAAAAAAACAACUUUACCUGAUACUAAACUACCGAUCUAUGGAUUGACAUUUGAAGAACAAGCUGUAUCAUUAGUUUAUUUUCUGAACCGAAUGGGUUUUGAAUUAGUGCGAUGGGGUAAACUUCCUUAUCUAUGCGAAGGAGAUUUCAAUAGGGCAUAUUAUGUGCUAAAUGAUGGAAUUUUUCUGCUUCGUCCGAUUGCUAAAGAAUUGACAUCAAAGAAUAAAACGGAAACGACUCGUUCAUUCCAUAUCUCACAUGAUUUUAAUUCGCUCUAG